GCCCUGUUGCAGGCCUGCAGUGCGUGUGCCAGCUGUGCGAGCACACCAACUUCACGUGCCACACGGAGGGCGCCUGCUGGGCCUCGGUGAUGCUGACCAACGGGCGCGAGGAGGUGGUCAAGUCCUGCGUGUCCCUGCCCGAGCUGCACGCCCAGGUCUUCUGCCACAGCUCCAAGAACGUCACCCGCACCGAGUGCUGCUACACCGACUUCUGCAACAACAUCACGCUGCGCCUGCCCCUCGCAGCAGCAGCACCCUCGGGCGGGGCGGGCCGGCUCCGGGCGGCGCUGCUGGCCGCCGUGGCCGUGCCGCUGGCGCUGCUGGCGCUGCUGGCCGCGCUGCUCGCCCGCUCGGCCCGGGGCUGGCGGCGCCGCCCGCCCAGCGUGGAGGAGCCGCCGUGCGAGGGCAGCCUGGCGGGCUCGGGCCGGACGCUCAAGGACCUCAUCUCCGACAUGACCACCUCGGGCUCCGGCUCCGGCCUGCCUCUGCUGGUGCAGAGAACCAUCGCCAGGACUAUCGUGCUGCAGGAGAUCGUGGGCAAGGGGCGCUUUGGCGAGGUGUGGCACGGCAAGUGGUGCGGGGAGGACGUGGCUGUGAAAAUCUUCUCCUCCAGAGACGAGCGCUCGUGGUUCCGGGAGGCAGAGAUUUACCAGACCGUGAUGCUGAGGCACGAGAACAUCCUGGGCUUCAUCGCUGCUGACAACAAGGAUAACGGGACGUGGACUCAGCUGUGGCUUGUCUCGGAGUACCACGAGCAGGGCUCGCUGUUUGACUACCUCAACAGGGGCACGGUGACCGUGGAGGGCAUGGUCAGGCUGGCACUGUCCGUGGCCAGCGGCCUGGCACACCUGCACAUGGAGAUCGUGGGCACGCAAGGGAAGCCAGCGAUCGCUCACCGGGAUCUGAAAUCCAAGAACAUCCUGGUGAAGAGGAACGAGACCUGCGCCAUCGCCGACCUGGGGCUGGCGGUGAAGCACGACUCGGUGCUCAACACCAUCGACAUCCCCCAGAACCCCCGCGUGGGCACCAGGAGGUACAUGGCCCCCGAGAUCCUGGAGGACGCGAUGAACACCAGCAUCUUUGAGUCCUUCAAGCGGGCAGACAUCUACUCCCUGGGGCUGGUGUACUGGGAGAUUGCCCGCAGGUGCUCCGUCGGAGGGGUCACUGAGGAGUACCAGCUGCCUUACUACGACCUUGUGCCUUCCGACCCUUCCAUUGAAGACAUGAGAAGGGUUGUCUGUGAACAGAAGCUCAGACCAAGUAUUCCAAACCAGUGGCAGAGCUGUGAGGCGCUGCGGGUGCUGGGCCGGCUGAUGCGGGAGUGCUGGCGUGCCAGCGGUGCCGCGCGUCUCACGGCGCUGCGCGUCAAGAAAACCAUCUCUCAGCUCUGCGUGCCCGAGGACUGCAAGGCCUGACAGCCCCGGGGCCGGGGGUGCUGCGCUGCCCGGCUCCCCGGUGCAGCCGGGUUUGUGUUUCUGCUCUACCUCAGACGGCGCGGGCAGUGCCCAGCUCCGGCGCUGUGCCCGGCCCUGGCACCGCGCGCCUCGGCGUUUGGCUUUGGUACAGCAAGGCCGGGGCUUGCUCUGGCUCUGCUCGGUGAAUCAGACACCGGUGAAGGCAGGAGGGAGCUUACAGCAUCAUGGCACUGUAAAAACACCUUUUGCUGUUGUGCUUUUCAUCCUUGUCAGACCCCAAACGCCCUGGAAGUGUCUGGUGUUGGUUAAAGCCUGUUUGUGAGACAAACCUCAUGUUCUGUCCUCAAACCAAGAAAAAGACCAAAUUAACCCAGAUUUUUACCUUUUUUUUUUUAAAUUUUAUUUCAGGGAUUUGAAAAGUGGUUGUCAGUAAAUGCAUUUUGAAUUACUAUAUUUAUAAUUAACCAAUCAAUUGGAAAAGAUGGAAAUUCCACUAAGUGUGUAGACUGUGAGCAAAACCAUUGAGUCGGUUCCCUAUUAACAUUUAUUUUUAUUGUCUCAAUUUCACAUACAAUGUCAUGGUUAAAAAUUGAGUUGUUUUACUCUGUCUUUUGUUCAUUGAACAGAUCAAUGAAGGGACAACUUUUCCUUUUAACAGUUAUUAGGAAAAAUAACAGAGGCAACACUUUUCUGUUAGCUGUGAAGGGAUGGAACAGGAGAAGUUCUACCUAAACUGAGAAAAUAUUUAUUUUUAGCAAUGUUUUUCCAAUCACUGGCAGCAAUUUUUUAGUGCCUUUUGAUGUAUUAGGGGGAAGCUUUAACAAAUGCUAAUGCAAUGUGUUCAGAGGUUUGUUAUAGAAUUUUGUAACUGCACCAGGCUGGUGAUGAAUAUUUACAUUUCUGACCAGGUUUCCAUAAUAUCAGAAGCCAGCAACAUGAGUUGCUGUGUUAAAAUUCAGCAGUGUUCUGGCAUUUUGUGAAUGGCCCACAUAUUUGAAUAUAGUGUUGGAGUAUUCUUAAUAGGCAAAAUUAUACAUUUCAUAGUCUUAGGGUUCUUGACAUGUUUCUAAAUCCAUCUGGCCCAUGGGAAUUAAUCCCAGAGACGCUUCCAGAAUAGCAAAGCUUUGCAGAAAUCUGGUGUGGCCCCCAGAGGUCCAUGGCAGGAGCUGUUGGUGCAAAAUCUCUUCCCUGGAGCUAUUGCAGGCAAGAAUGGGUUAAAUUUUACUGAGUGUGGGUCAGCAGUGCCAUCCAUUACUCUGGCUUCACCCUGCUGUGCCCACCCUCAGGAUGGUGUGGGUGCUUGCUGGCUGUGAGCUGCUGUGGGAGGCUGUGGGCAGCUUGAGAGCUCAGCCUGCAGGGCUCUGAGUGCUGCAGCAUGGCACUGCAGCUUGCCCCUGUCUGCUGCAGCCCAGCCCUGCAUCCUGCUCCCUCCGCUGCAGCCAGCAGUGCUGCAUGGUGGCUUCCCACACCCCACCCACCACGGCUCGAUUAGGGAUCCAUGCAGGGGAGGGGGCCUGGAGCAGCCUGGUCCAUGGAAGGGGUCCCUGCGAGGUAAAACCAGACAAGCUGUAAGGUCUCUGCCGACCCAAACCAUUCUGGGGUUCUGUGCUUCAGUUCCUGGGUGCUUCAAGCGCAUGAACGCCCCAUGGAGCUCAGUGGUGUGACUCUGCAGGCUGUUUGAGGGGUGAUCUUGGCAGCUGCAUGAUCCAAAGCCUGGUGCUGACUUGACUAUCAAAAAAAAUUGCAAAGCUAAGGCCCAGUGUCUGUUCUUGUAGUAUGUGCAAGAACCUACUAUCUUAAAAAGGAAGAAUCAAAGCUGUAUUUUUUUUUUUAAGUGGGAAAAGAGUUUCAGUUUCUCCCCUGGAGCCUCUGAAAACUGUUGACCAGCCCAGUAAUUUGAACAAGACCCUGCUGGUGCCUGGCUGGAAAGUGUGGAUGGAGGAUGCUCAGGCUCAGCUGCUCCUCACACAGCCCCAGAAGUGCUUUAACCUUUUCCCUGGACACAGCUCUUGGCAUCACAUUAUGGUCUGUUUGCCCUGGCUUUUCACCCAACUCAGUAUUUUUGCUCUGGUUUUCUUUUCUCUUUUGUUGUUGAGAGGUGAAUGUACAUUUUGAUGGAUUGGAGUUGAGCGCAACUGAGCCAAGGGGCUGAUGUUGUAUUGAGCUCUGAAAUGUUUGUAGACUCUAAAGUCCUUUAGAAAAACUCCAAAGAACCCUUGUUUGAGUGGCCUUUCCCCUCCCUGUGGGUUUGUCUUGGUCUAAUUUAAGCACAGAGGUUAUGCCAAGACACUUCUGUGCAGUUUAGGGAGGCUUAGGUUUCCUCAGAGGUCACAAUGCUCCUGAUAAUCUUCACUUAAAGCAAAAGUUCUUAAUGAAAUGAAAAAAUGAAGAUUUUCAAGGUCAAGGAUGCUCAAAACCUGUUACCACUUUCAGAUUUCCCUAACUGAUGCUUCUAACAGGGGGGGAAUAACCAAUAAUUUAUAAUUUGCUUCUAAUAACAACCUAAAGUUUAAUGUAGGGGUUAUGCACUGAAAGGGAAAGUUAAUUAAUGUUUCCUAACACCUAAUUUUUUUUGUACUACUUGAACUGCUGCCCCCACACACUCCUUUAGAAAUUCAGGCUGUAAUCUCUUUUGCACUCCUCUACUUUUAUAAUUUGCACUUAAUCAAGUUCAUUCCCUCACAUGACACUAUAAAGAGUCCUGCAAUAUUUUAGCAAUUGCUGUGUCACUUUGCUUGGUACUAGAUUCGGGAAUUACGAAUAAAUGGGUUUAGAAGUGUGCCCGGUCCCCACAAUGGGUCUGGGCUCUGAGCAGGGCAGGUUUUCCCCAGUCCCUGCAGCUGCUGAGCCAGGGUGGGCUCGAGGCCGCCCCAGGUCAUGGCAAGGAGGAGUUUGGGCUUUGCCCGGGGGCGGCAUCGCAGGACAGGGCCAGGGGGCACUGGGGAUGCUGCUGGGACAGGCGGGCACCGGGCACUGCAGGCGGGCACACGCUGGCACUCCUUUGGGUGCACGGGGACAGGCACAGCCCUGCGUGCUGGUGAAGGUUAUGGCUCAAACCCUGCUCUGGCUCAGGGAGGGUGUGUUGGAGAGGCCUUGGGGUGUCCUUGACCCAUCCCUGGGGAUGCCAGGGCCAGCGCCUGGGUGCCCCAGCAGCCCUGCAUGUCUGUCCCUCCUCUGCCCCUGGCUGUGUGUCCGUGGGCCCCGGGACCCUCCCCACAGGCCGCGGGACCCCAGCCCCCCAAAGCUUUGAGGGAAAGAUGUCCACGUUCUGCUCUAGUGGGCAGAGCAAUAUUUAUGAAUGUACAGGGAAUAAGCACCGAGGUACAAUAUAUUUCUACAGAAUAUAAGAAAUGUGCAAUAAAUUGUAACUUACACUGAAUGUAUUUUUGGCAUAAAUGGACCAGAUGUGUUUUGAAUGUAGCUAUGACAUUGUGUCUAAGCCUGCUGUGAUUCUCAAUCCCUAAGAAAAAGGUGUCAUGUUUUGUCAAUCUACAAACCACUUCCUCAGUUGUCUGUUUUUAAAAGAAGUGUGAGUAUUUUAUCUGGAACACUGUAAUAUUUCUGAACUAAGUAUAGCAGUGCAAUGCUAACUUCAACCCUCGUGUUGUGAAAUAUCUGAUCUGUGUACACUGCAGGGUUAUUUUUAAAACUAUUGCUAUAGUUAUUGCUUGAUAUUGCAGCUGCCUGGAUGUAAAUAAUGGUUUAGCUGUUGUAUUUUGUAUGCGGAUUUGGGGAAGACGUGGCAAUUUUAAUAAAUUCAGCAUACUCUGCC